AAACUCUUCCGGAGUCGAGUGGCUUGAUGCUGACUGCGGGGAGCGCUGGGAGUGCUGGUCAUUUCUGGUCCCGAGGGGUCCUUCUGGUCAUGGUUGGAUGGAGUGGCUGCUGGUUGCCGUGGAAUUUUCUGACUGCGGCUGGGACUGAGGUGCGUCAAGUGUCCAUCGAGGAGGCUGCUGAGUGGCUUGUGACGGUUUUGAAAGAGGAGCCGGAAGACAUCCGAGACAAUGUGGAUGGGAAGCAAAUGGGUCGACCCUUAGCCGUCGAUUCUGCCGUGCGGUGGAUGACUUCUUUCGAAUCGAGUCGUUCGAAAUAUGGUCCUGCGACCCCUUUCGUGGUGGCUUCCGAAGACCGGUUUCUGUCGCAUUGUUGUGUCCGUUUUGGUGAAACGCAGUUGUAUCCAGACGAAGUGGUUUCCGCCUUGGGGGUCGUCUAUACCAUUCCACAGGAACGACAAAAAGGAUGGGCCAAGGCAUGUGUGCGGGCUGCCACCGAUUUUGCCUUGAAACAACCAGGCAUCAAGCGAGUUGUUCUGCUGGUGGCCGAUCGAAAUCUUGAAGCUCGGAAAUUCUACGAGUCGUUGGGCUUCACUCCAUCCUCGCACACUUUGCUGAACAAUGAUAUUCCCAUGACGUUCUGGACGGCACAGCUGGGUAUUGGGAAUGAGCCCGAGAGCUGAGCGCCCCAGAGCUGGGUGUUGUAGCGCCAAAAAGGUCUCUGAAAAUGGCACGAAAUCAG